AUGUAUUACGUAAUUGGAAACCCGCGAAGAACGAGUAUAAAUACGCAAGCAGACUACAGUAGAUAUAAUUUCCGUGAAAAAAUACCAAAUAAUCGAGUACGCGAUAAAUGUAACAAGAAACGACAGACUCUCGUUCACAAACCAGAAGAAGAAGUAUGGUAUGAGCCUUAUAUGAGUAAUCUUCAGCAUGAGUACUCGGAUGCUUCAUUAAAAUGUGAUUCGAAAGUCGAGUUACCUUGGAAAGACAUUGCGCUGCCAAGAGAUUCUUUGAAAAUUCGUCCGCAAGUUGAAAUUCCUGCUCACGAUAACCAGAAUCUGAAAGUGAUGGGCGAUAAUGAUAUUGACAGUGAUAGAGAUCAAAGUUUGGAGAAGAAAGAAUCUUCAGGAAAAAUGGAAUUGCCUUGGAAUGAUUUAUUGGUUGAUAAUGUUAUUGUCGAGAUCAAAAAGUCACCAGAAUUAUUGGCUGUUUGUGAUUCUACUUUGGAAAUACCUUGGGAUAAAAUAGUUUUGGAUACUCCAGGUCGUAUAAAUUCAUUACCUAAAGCUGAAAAAUGCAUUAAAGAAGAUAUUGAAAUUCCUUGGGAUGAUAUUAUGCUACCUAGCAAUAUUAUUAUUAAAUCUAAAAGGCGAAAACAUCCAUCAUCUAGUAACACUAAACGUUAUUAUAAAGUCGAUACUGUAGAUUGUAGGACAUUGGAUUCGUGCUGUGAUCCCCGUUGUAGUAAAAAUAAAAAAAUUCAAAAGCCACCGAGUGAGUAG